CUCCGCUGCUGGAUAAGGACUCGGCGCAGGGUGGAGUUGAAGCUGUCUAUGCAAGUGGCAAAUAUCGCGACACAAAAAGCCAAGAGCGCGAUGUUAUAUUGCGACAGCUGCGUGUCAAAAGCAGUAAGCAAGUGACAAGCCACGAGACUUUGAAGACGGAGAGAAAAGAUUAUACCCAGAAUGCCGCAAAGCAGUUCAAGUCUCCCAUUGCGACGGAUUCCAGCAUGGUUUUGUCGCCCCCAUCGCAACCACGAAACGGGCCCGCCAUGUCGAACGUACAAGCCAUCGCGAAGAUAUGCAGUUUGCAGGCAAAGCUACAGACGCUGAAGCAAGCCGUCAGAAUCAAGAACUCAGCAAAUGGGGAUGAAGACGAGGAACUGGAGCAAUUGGUGUCCAAGUGGACUGCCGUCGGGAGGGAGGUUGCCUGGGCCGUUUGGGACACCGUGAAGGAUUUGGACCCGGGAGAAAGCAUGCACGUUGGCACUGGAUCGUUCGCUGCCGGCUGGGGCUUCGACGAAGGGGCAGGUAGCAGUCGAUCAAACCCCUCUGUUACACGUGCAUGGGGAUGGGAAGAAGACGUGAAGGGACCUGCAAACGGCUCAGGAGGUGGGGAAGAUCAAGAGGACUCUCAUGCGGUUGACGAGGCGGAAGACGAGACUGACACAGCCCCGAAACAUACACUUGGAACUAUGCUUCGACACCUCGGGAUCGCUCCAGAGACACUAGGAUGGGACGAAAACGAAGGCGACUUUGUCGAUGAUCAUUGAACCCCGUUUGAUCGUUGAAGUUGAUCGUUGCUCUAGUCGGAGUCCACAAAUCUUCUUGGCAGUUUCUGAGAUGAAUCUGUUCUACUUGCGCGAACAUCUGCAUCAGAGUCGCUGAGUUUAUGCUUCAUGUCUAACACCUUCCUCGCACCUCUCCUUCCAAUGGAUUUGCCUUGGUCGUGAUCACAGAUCAUUCAUCUGUGCAGAACACACUUGCUCUGUUUCAUUCCAUUUUAAUGAGUGUAGUCUCAUUCGUGUAUUGCUCUGUCACAUAAAUAAACGCUGC